AACACACCGCUGCCCGGGGGAGUCGUAAGUCAAAGUUCGCACUUCCGUCACCACGCCGCGCUAGGCUCAGUCUAGUCGGCUCGAAAUCAAGUCAUCACUCCUCUCGCAGAAAUAUUUACGCCGAAUUAACUGACAUACCCUUAACAAUAGUUUCUUCGAUCAGGUUGUCACACAUAAAAAACAUGUAGUGUUCUUUUCUACAAACAUAGGAACCUCUUCUUCGAUCAGGUUGUCACAUAGAAACAUAAAGUGUUCCUUCUACAUACAUAGGAAGAUUUCUUUGAUUCCUCCUUUUCAUUGAAUGUGUUUAGAAUAAUCUGGUCACUACCGUUUCAUCAUCUUCUUCGAUCAGGUUGUCACACAGAAAACAUAAAGUGUUCCUCUCUACAAACAUAGAAAUACAUUUCCUCGUCUUCAUUGAAUGUGAUUAAGAGAUUCUGAAAUAGAAAACAUCUAGUAUCAAUACAUUUCUAUCAUCACUUGAACAGUUCUAGUUCGUUCACUUUCAUCGAAUGUUAUUAAGAAAAUCUGAAAUGAUAUAACAUCCAGUAUCCAUUCAACUCUAUCAAUUUCUCAAACGUUACAAGUUCGGUCAUCUAGUUCAAAUCUAGUGCAUCAAUUACUCCACCUGAUACACGUGAUAACAGAGCAGGGUUCAUAUUGUGAAGACUGAUUAGUUGGGAAACUUUUUUUGUGUCUACUGAGUUCGCUUCGAAAUUGUGUUUGUUGAAAAAUUCCUGAUGGAAGUGUGUGUUGUUCCUGUAAUAUGUGCUCAUGAGGAAGUGAUAACCGUUUAGAACAAGUUCAACCUAACAGAUAAUCCUUACUUGAACUGUUGGAUUUUGAAUGCAAGGAUGUUGAAGGAUCAUGAAGUGGAUUGUGGAGGGGGAAUUUGUGCAGGAUGUCAGCAGAAAAUCACGGAUCGAUUCUACCUGCUGGCUGUGGAGAGGCCCUGGCAUCUGGGGUGUCUACAGUGUUGCCAAUGCAAACUAUCGCUCGAUUCGGAACUCACCUGUUUUUCACGUCACGGAAAUAUCUACUGUAAAGAGGACUACUACAGGCUGUUCGCGGUGAAACGAUGCGGCCGAUGCGGCUCGGGCAUUUCGGCCAACGAACUAGUGAUGCGCGCACGCGACGCAAUCUAUCACGUGCGCUGCUUCUCCUGCGCAUCUUGCGGCAGUCAGCUGACCAAAGGCGAUCACUUCGGCAUGCGAGACGGGCUGGUGUACUGUCGACCACACUACGAACUACUGAGACACCGUGACUACUGUGGGCCUGUGGAGCUGGAGGAGCCACACUGGGCCACAGCUGUGUCCACCACCGGUGUCCACAAGGGGCGACCUCGCAAACGGAAGCUACUGGUGUCCCCUUGUCGCCCCGAGGAGAUGCCGGUUAACAUGUCUGUGCCUCCUUCGUCUCUUGAGAUGCUGCAUUCAGGUGAGCUGUCAUCUUCGAUGGAGUCGCUGAGCUACGACUCGUCAGUGACGUCACCAGGUGUCCAGUCAGCUCAGCAGCGCACAAAGCGCAUGCGCACAUCCUUCAAGCACCAUCAACUGCGCACCAUGAAGUCAUACUUCAACAUCAACCAGAAUCCAGAUGCCAAGGACCUGAAACAGCUGGCUCAGAAGACAGGCCUAUCAAAGAGAGUAUUACAGGUAUGGUUCCAAAACGCACGAGCCAAGUGGAGACGCAACCUGAUGCGUCAGGAAGGCGGCUCCGUGCCCCCGGGGGCCGUCCAGGUGCCAGGAGGGGUUAACGGUGGAGGCGGCCCGCCCUCAGUGGGGGCGGCUUCCGUCAUCCUUGGAGGCGGCGACAGCAGCAGCAUGGAUGACCUACAUCUGCAUCACCACCAUCAUCACAAUCAUCAUCAUCACGUUCAGACCACUCAGACUCUGGGAUUCAGCGACAUCUACUGAUGACUGAUUGGAUUAAUGUUAGCCAAACCUACUAACGCUAACAUUCCAAAAACUGAGGACAAGUAAUGAUCAAAUUAUCAUUUCUUGAAUAAACUACAGUGUAAUUUCUAAAACUGAGGACAAGUAAUGAUCAAAAUAUUGUAGUGACAAUAUGUACAGUAAUUGCCGAAGCGACAACUACCAACAUUAACUACAGUGUCAUUCCUUAAGCAGAGUACAAAAAGUGAUCAAAGAGCUGUAGUGACAACACGUUACCUCUUAUUAGUGUCAUUGCAAAAGCAGAGGACAAACACUGAUCAAAAAAUCGUAGCGAUAACAUGUUACAUCUUAACAAUAACUACAGUGACAUCGUCAGAGUGGAUGACAACCAGUGAUCAAAGAAGUGUUGCGACAACACGUUACCUCUUAUCAGUGUCAUUCCCCAAGCAGAGGACAAACAGUGAUCAAAAUAUCGUAGCGACAACAUGUUACCUCUUAACAUCACUACAGUGUCAUUUCCAAAGCAGAGGAGAACCAGUCAUCAAAAUAUCGUAGCUACAACAAGUUACCUCCUGACAGUGUAAGAAGACAAAAUAACAUAGCGACAGCAUGUUACAUUUUAAAAUCAACUAGUGUUAUUACCAAAACAGAAAAUAAACAGUGAUCAAAAAAUUGAAGCGACAAAACUUUACCUCCUAACAGUGUAAUUAUCAAAGCAGAAGACAAAAUAACAUAGCGACAACACGUUACCUCUUAACGUUAACUACAGUGUAAUUCCCAAAGCAGUGGACAAGCAGUGAUCAAGAAAUUGUAGCAAGAACACAAAAAAUCGUGGUUUUCCAGUAAUUUAGACUAGUGUUGGCCAAUUGCCUUUCAGUACAAUAUGAUUGAAUAGUUUAAGAGCUUGAUAAAAACACGUUACUCCUUAGCGUUAACCUCAGUGUCAUUCUCAAAGCAGAGGAUAAGCAGUGACUGAAAUAUCGUAGCGAAACACCAAAAAUAUCGUGCUAUUCCAGAAAAUUGGACAGGGUGUUAGCCAAUGGUUUUGUGGUACAGUUCAAUAUGAUUAUAUAUUUUAA